CAGUCACACAGAUGGAGAGACAUAUACAGACAGAGCAGCUCAGGCAGCAGCCCUGAACCCUGGAGUUACUACACAGUUACGCUGUUAUUCCCUACACACAGACAGGAAAGAGAAAAAGAGGGUGAAAGAGGGGGAUAGUGCUCAUCUACUGGAAAGGAGGGGCAGGGGAGAGUACUUUUCUGUACUUUUCCCAGAAACACGUGGAUGGAACUCACAGGCUGACCUUAUGAUGUGGGUCGCUCUUUGACCGGACUGUGUGGACACGGGUAGCAAAACAGUGAUGACUCAGAGAGCGGAGGAGAUUAAAUUGAACGAAAUACCAACAUUUCUCAAAGGAGCCCAUGUCUCCAGUUGGGUCAAUAUGAUGGAACUCAUGCACUCCCAAAUCAUUUGGAAUAAUUGUGAAAGUAGAAGCCUCUCAAAGGCAACUACCUAUUGGACUUGACAAAAAGACAGGGUGAGGGCAGGAAGGUUCGCAGAAUGUUUAUGAAUUUCAGAAGGAUCAGAAGAUGUCAACGUGUGCAGCUGGUGACGACAGGCUUUGUCCUGUCUGUGUUGAUGGUGUGCUGGGUGCAGCUGGACCACCAUGUGGAGAACCGUUACUUGGUCAACAGCUUUGACUUCAUCAACAAGAGCUUUGGCAUCAGCCAGCAGGAGUCGGAAAGCCUGAGCAACUUCCUGUACCUCAUCAACCACCAUGACAAGUGUAACAGCAAUGAAGUGCUGCUGCUGCUGUUUGUCAAAUCUUCCCCAGAGAACCUGGAGAGGAGGCAGGCCAUCCGGGCCACCUGGGGGAAUGAGAACUACAUCCAAAGGGAGCUGGGGGCCAACGUGAGGGUGCUGUUUGCCCUGGGGGUCUACUCCAACCCCCAGCAGAGGGGCAGUGUGCAGAGAGGGCUGCUGGGGGAGGACCAGGUCUAUGGAGACCUGGUCCAGCAGGACUUUGUGGACACCUUUCACAACCUCACCAUCAAACUGCUGCUGCAGUUCCGCUGGAGACACACCUACUGCAGCAAAGCACGCUUCCUCAUGUCAGCCGACGACGACAUCUUUAUCCACAUGCCUAACCUGGUGCACUACCUGCAGGGCCUGAUCCAGCAGGGGGCUCGGGACCUCUGGGUGGGCCACGUGCACAGGGGAGCCCCCCCUAUCCGCCAGAAGGACAGCAAGUACCACGUUCCUUAUGAGAUGUACCAGUGGCCCUCCUACCCAGACUACACCGCGGGGGCAGGGUACGUAGUCUCAAGGGACGUGGCUGCCAAAAUCUACCAGGCAACUCUGUUCCUCAAUGCCUCGCUGUACAUUGACGAUGUGUUCAUGGGCAUCUGUGCCAACGCCAUGGGGGUGUCUCCCCAGGAACAUGUUUACUUUUCAGGGGAAGGGAAGGCCCCCUAUCACCCCUGCAUCUAUGAUAAGAUGAUCACCUCUCACGGACAUGUGGCAGACGUCCGGCGCCUGUGGAAGGCAGCUAUGGACCCACAGAUUCAUGACAUUUCCUCUGGCCAGGUGGGAAAGCUGUACUGCACAGCAGUGAAAAUCAUGCUCCUCUGUAAACCUUACUAUUUAAAUACCUACCCAUGCAAGGCAGCCUUUUCAUAGUGUACUGUUAGGCUGCACAGAAUGUCACUGCAGUCUUUUUCAUUUAUAUUUCAGGGUCUGCAGCUGGUAUCAUCUUCAAAAUAAAGACCAAAGCCAUGUUCUUGACCAUAUAUUCACCACACCUGCCUUGGCUUGAUGGAUACUGCAGUUGUACUUUGUGGUUCAGCUAAUUGUGUGGUGUAAACAGACGUUACAGAGCUAAUGUUCUUGGCUGCAGUCAAUAAGUCAAAAAUCCUUCAAAUUAAAUUUUGCUAGCA